CUCCGAUAACAGCACAACGAAAGCUUCACUGGCAAAGACCACCAGCGACGUAGCAUCCAGCCUUCUCACACGUCUCGUGAGCGACGUAAUGUUGAAUGCAAGUGACGCGUUGCGUGGCAGCGUCAGUGUUCACGACCAGGUGGAAGCCGUGAUCAAGGAGGCGGCAUUCAGGCUCAAUGCCAUGGGUUACCUGCUGGUCAAGAUGGGAGCAGCUCUCAAAGUCGGAGGGCGCCGCCUCAAAGACCUCGACGGCACACUGAGCAUCGUUUUCGGACCGGCCAAGUUCCGCAAACAGAAAGCGUCUCUGUGGGCUCUCGACAUCGCGAAGCUUGGCAACUGCACAGCCGAGGUUCGGCUUACCCAAAUGACAGCGAAGAUUAUCAACGCGUACGCGGCAAGAAGCAAACCGUCUUCCAUAUACAAGGGUGUCGACCAGAUUGGGGAAAUCGUGGGCUCCACUGGUGACUCGCUGGAAGACGUCGCCCUCAGGCUCGCUGGCCAUAAAGAAAGCGGCACCGCAGCGGUUCUGCCGAAACCGGAAAUGACCGAAUCAGGCGAGGCACUACUAGAGAACAUCAUGGACGUCAUCGUGAAACAUGGUGCCCACUAAGAACACAUAACAAAGUUUACUGAAACCACCUGAUACGCAAAUAAACCUACUGAGCAGUCACUCUGGUG